AUGUCACCAACAGAGAUACCAAGGUCAAGGUCGUUCAUAUCACGGGCAAGGACAUUAGCUAAUAUGGAAAAUUAUGUAGGAGACAAAUUACAGCCAGUUAAACAGUUCAAACAGUCUAUCCAUUAUAAAGCAAUUAUUCUAUACCUAUUUUAUUUCAAUAUCAAUACGUUCAUAUCAAAUCAAAAACCUAUAAAUACUGUAAGAAAAACAGCAUCAGAUAUUGGAGUAUUUCAAAAGUGGCUGAAAGAAGCAGUUCCGGGUGAAUGUAAAAAACUGGAAGAUAUCAGCCCAGACUGUUUGAAUACCUACCUAAAAAGUUUUUACCUGACAGUCAAGAAACAAAAUGGAGAAGAUUAUGAACCGGACAGCCUUAGUGGAAUAAAAAACAGCAUAGACAGAUAUUUGUCGGAUAAAAAUUACUCUACAAGUGUAUGCAGAGGCGAGGAAUUCAAGUCGAGUAGGAGUGUUUUACUGGCUAAAGGAAAACAGCUGAAAAAAGAUGGAAAGGGCAGAAAACCAAACAGAGCAGAACAAGUUUCAGAAGAAGAAGAACAGGUACUGUGGGAACGUGGUAUAAUGGGCCGAUCCUCCCCUAUGGCUUUGCUGCGUGCAAUCUGGUGGAGAAAUAACUUUUUUGGGUUAAGAGGGCGUGACGAACACAAUAAAUUGAGAUGGGGCGAUGUGACAAUACUUGAGGAAGUUGAUGGUGCCAGAUACAUGCAGUAUGAGGAAAGAGACACAAAGACAAGAAAAAAUCCAGGGGAAGACAGGCCAAUAAAGCCAAGGGUUUAUGCUACACCCAACAAGCCAGAGACCUGCCCUGUAAAUCUGCUGAUAGAGUACACACACAGGCGACCAUUGACAAUGUGCCAGCCAGAUAGCCCAUUUUAUCUGCAGAUACACCAGCAUUGGGAAAAACCUGGACCAUCAGGCUCAGUUGCACAGGUCUGGUUCAAAAACCAGCCUAUGGGAGUUCACAGCCUUGGAAACAUGAUGAAAACUAUGUCUGAACUGGGGGAAUUGCCAGGACGCAAGACUAACCACUCGGGAAGGAAGACAACAGUUAAACGCCUAAAAGAAGCAAACUUUGACAAUGUAGACAUUAUUCAGUUAACUGGUCACAAAAAUGUACAGUCACUAAACUCUUACAGUACUGUACCUACAAAAAUCCAAAAAACAAUGUCAGAAGUCUUAACAUCAGCAUCAACAGUUGCGUCUAGCACAGCCGCGUCCAGUGCAGUUACGUCUAGCACAGAGAGUACUGAAUUUCCAGAAAUUCCUCCUCAAGAAAUGGAAGAGAUACUCAACACUAUUGAGCAGUCUGAAAAGUUGCAAACUGUUGAAACUACUUCCAAGCAAAUUGUGACAAAUCAGGACAUUCAAUUAUUAUCCAACCAGGUACUUAGAUCUUCAGGGGGGUUAGGAACUCCAAUAUUUUCUGGGGCAAAUGUAAGUGGUGGACAAUUCACUAUCAACAUUAACUUUAAUUCUGCAUAGGUUUGAUAGACUUACUUGAUGUAGGUCCUUGUAUAUAGUAUUUCACAAUUGUUCAUGGACAGUUAAUGAAUAAAUGUUUAACUUUUUAUUUUGAAUCAUCUUUGUUAACUUGAAGUUAUUGAAGGUAAUUCCUGUGUUGCUGUUUAACCCUUAUCAUGCUCGACACGAUUGGUUCUAUCAUUGUGACUAGAGUAGAUCAUAAUUAGCCUGCACAUCCGUGCAGUCUGAUCAUGAUCUGCACUGUUCGCUAUUCAGUCAGUAUCUAUUUGGUAAGCACCCCUUUUAACAGUUAAUGGUGCUGUCCGAAUUCAAAGAUGGACAAAUUCAUUAUAGAAAUUUAGCAUGAAAGGGUUAAUCUCUGUUCUUUUCAAAUGUACUUGGGCAAUUGAAGUAUCUGUGCUUCAUUAAAUAUAUUUAUCACAUGUUUGACGUCGCGGGAGUGAAAUAAAGCCAUUAAAUAAAGUCAUUUAUCACAUGUUUGACGUCGCGGGAGUGUAAUAAAGCCAUUUAUUUUAUGUUUUCCAGUGAAUUAUAGAGUUUUCUCAGUGAAAUAAAAGUGAUAAUCCACAGUUUUGAAACAGUAGAUUAUCAUUUUUAUUUUCACUGUUUUUGCUGAACUAGUUCCGGUCCUCCGUCGCAAUUGAAGUCAAAUUGUAUACCGGGCGUUAUGAAUACCGGGGACCAUAAUGACUAGGACGUCGUUAAAAUGACGUCAUUUGUGUUAUGCUUUCUGUUGAUCUUUCCCGCGAUUUUUGAAAAAAAAUAUAAAUUACGCAACAAAAAUAGAGUUUUACACAUGAAAUAAAAAGAAAAUUUGUUUGUUUCAGUGAAAUAUCAAUUUUAUUUCACUCGUGAGCACCAAAAAAAAGUCAUUUUCACUCGUGGCUACGCCACUCGGGAAAAUAUCAGUUUUUGAUGCUCACUUGUGAAAUAAAAUUGAUAUUUCACUGAAACAAACAAAUAUCCUCUAUUAAAUAAAAACGAUAAUACACUAGUGUAAUAAAGCUUUGACGUCGACGUCGUUUAUAGUAUUGGAAACGUUGGUCAAAUUGACUUGUUUAUAUAGUAAAAGAAAGUAGAAUUUGUGAUGCUUCGACAGGAAAGACUAACAUGUGAUAAAAAGAAUGUUACAUUUGUGACUUUCCAAAUUGAAUUUAUUAAACUCGUUUAAUAAAAUUGAUAAAAUGCUCGGCAGAGCCUCGCAUUUUAUCAUUUUAUUCAACUCGUUUAAUAAAUUCAAUAUGAAAAGACACUCAUGUAAUAUCCUCUAUAUAUCACAUGUUUGAUGUAGCAAGAGUGUAAUAAAGCUAUUACAUAAAGGUGAUAAUACACUAGUGUAAUAAUGCUUUGCCGUCAACGUCAUUUAUAGUAUAGGAGAUGUUUGUCAAAUUUACUUGUUUACAUAUAUAUUAAAAGAAAGUAGAAUUUUUGAUGUUUUUGCAGGAAAAGCUAACAUAUAAUAAAAAGAAUAUUACAUUUGUGACUUUCCACAUUGAAUUUAUUAAACUUGUUGAAUGAAAUGCACUUGCCCCGGCGUCGCCGUUGCUUAAAGGUUUUGAUAAAGUCAAAUAUCUCUGUUACUAUCAAAGCUAUUGACUUGAAACUUAAAAUAGUUAUUUACUAUCAAAGUCUACACCAGGAGAAACAAUCCCCAUAACUAUGAUUUGAAUUUUGACAGAAUUAUGCCCCUUUUUAACUUAGAAUUUUUUUUAAAAACAAUUGAUAAAGUCAAAUAUCUCUGUUACUAUUAAAGCUUUUGACUUGAAACUCAAAAUAGUUAUUUACAAUCAAAGUAUACACCAGGAGACACAAUUCCCAUAACUCUGCUUUGAAUUUUGACAGAAUUAUGCCCCUUUUUAACUUAGAAUUUUUGGCGAAGUCUUUGUUGCAGAUUGUAUAUUGUCCCACUAAUAGUAAGUUGUUAGGCGAAAAUUGUUGGCACUUCUAGUGCUCUUUGAGUUUACGUGAAAUUUAUAAUGUUAAUAUACAAUUAUUAUUAAAUUGAUUUUUUUUGUUGAUUGUUAUUGG